AUGUGUGACCAGCAGCAGAUUCAGUGUUGCGUGCCGAUACCGCAGUGUUGUGUCAAGGGCUCCUCCUUUGGUCCCUCACAGUUUGCCUAUGCCAACAACCAGGUGCUUGUCGAAGCUCCACGUGAGGUGCAAAUUCUAGAAUGCGCUGCACCAUGCCCAGUUCAGGUUUCCCAGGCUCCAUGCCAGUCCAGUACAGUGAAGAGCCAGGCUCCAUGCCCAUCUAAGACCACCAAGGUGAAAUGUCAGGCUCCAUGCCAAUCAAAGACCACCCAGAUGAAAUGCCAGUCUAAGACUGCUGAGGUAAAGUGCCAAGCUCCCUGCCAGACUCAGGUUUCCUACGUUCAAGUCCCCCAACCUCCUCAGACCUACUAUGUAGAGUGUGCUCCAGUGUAUUAUACAGAAACUCAGUAUGUGGAAUAUCCGGUUUCAACCUACGUGCCUGCUCCAGCUCCUCAUCCUGGCUACGUCUAUGUAGAAUGUCCCUCAGUGGGCCAGGGUCAGGGAAGUUUCUCCACUCAGUAUCAGGGCUCUUAUGGUAGCUGCGCACCUCAGUCACAGCCACGGGGUGCUUAUAGCAGCUGUGGUCCACAGCCUCAGUCUCAGGCCUCCUACAGUCGCUGUGCGCCCCAGUUCCAGUCCGGGCCCUCCUACAGCAGCUGCGGCCCCCAGCGCCAGUCGCGCUCUUCAUUCAGCACCUGUGCGCCUCAAUGCCAGCCCCAGGGCUCCUAUGGAAGCUUUACCUCGCAGCAGCGUCGGUCUCAGAGCGCCAGCAGAUGCCUCCCUCCACGUCAGCUUCAGCCUUCUUACCGCAGCUGCUCCCCGCCAAGACGCUCUGAGCCUUAUUACAGCAGCUGCCUGCCAUCCCGGUGCUCUUCAGGCUCCUACAACUACUGCACUCCACCCCGCCGCUCAGAGCCCAUCUACGGCAGCCACUGUCCUCCUCGGGGCCGCCCUUCAGGCUGUUCUCAGAGAUGUGGACCCAGGUGCAGGAUAGAGAUUUCUUCCCCCUGCUGUCCCAGGCAGGUUCCCCCGCAGAGGUGUCCUGUCCAGAUUCCUCCCAUCAGAGGAAGAUCCCAGAGCUGUGGCCGGCAACCCUCUUGGGGUGUCUCCUGUCCAGAUCUGAGGCCACGCUCAAUACCACGCCCAUUCCCAAGGUCUUGUGGGCCACAGCGUCGAGACCCGUCUCCAGAGCCAUCAUGGCAGCGGUGCCCAGUUCCCGCACCACGUCCAUGUCCUCGCCCAGAGCCAUGCCCAAGUCCAGAACCCCGCCCAUGUCCUCCUCUGCGGAGAUUUUCAGAACCCUCUCUGUAUCCAGAACCAUGUUCAGCUCCUCAACCAGUGCCACGGCCAGCACCACGCCCAGUGCCUCGUCCUCGCCCGGUUCACUGUGAGAAUCCAGAGCCAUGCCCGCGUCCACAGCCAGAACCAGUGCCACGUCCAGCUCCCUGUUCCAGCCCAGAGCCUUGUGGGGAGCCCAUUCGCUGCCCCAGUCCCUGCUCUGGUCCCAACCCAGUUCCCUACCGCCAAGAGCUAGGCUGUAAUGAAUCUAACCCACACCACCUGGAUACUGAAGGCCCAAGCUGUGGCCCAUAUAGCUGCAGCCAAGGGCAGGAGAAUAAUGGCAGCUGCGGAUCUGGUGAUGCCUUUUCAGGGUCACAGGGUGGUUGUGGAGAUGAAGGAAAUGCCUAUGGUGGCAUGAAAGGUGGGGCGUAUGCUGGAGCAAAGGGAGCCUACUUUUAA